UGAACAGAGAGGUGAGAGAAAGACAGAGAGAGGGAGACCAACUUACCAACAGCUGAAAAACCAACAGCUGAACAACCAUCUUACCAACAACAGAACAACCAUCUUACCAACAACAGAACAACCAACUUACCAACAACAGAACAACCAUCUUACCAACAACAGAACAACCAUCUUACCAACAACAGAACAACCAACAACACACCAACUUAACUUGCAGGAGGAGGAGGAGGAGCGUUUGACAAACAGGACGACCUGUAAGCCUACCUGGCGACCUCUUCACUGAGAUGCGAAGACGGUUCUCGAAGUCGGGGGUAAAGACCCCAAAAACCUCUGAACCCCAGGGAGUGCCUAUCCCGAUGUCUGCUGAACGACCCCAAACUUCCUCUGUAGCCUCCUCGCUUCCCACCCCAAGCCUUGCUGCAGCGUUAGCCAGGCGAAGGUUCACCCUGAGUGGGGCAGCUGACAGCCAGAACCAAGGACUGCCGGUCUACUGCAGAAUGCCAUUGUCUCGUAGCUUCCUGUCUGAAGACCAGUUCCAGUGUUCCAUCUGUCUGGAUAUCUUCAUAAACCCCGCCUCCACUCCAUGUGGACACUCCUUCUGCAUGGCCUGCAUUGGUCGGCACUGGGACGGUGCUAAGCUCUGCCAGUGUCCUCUCUGCAAAGAGACCUUUAAGAAGCGUCCGGACCUUCAGAUUAACCGGACCCUCAGGGAGAUCACAGAGCAGUUCAAGUCCAUGUCCGGGGUGUCUCGGUUGGGCAGCGGGACGUGGAGAGGUGUCCUUGGGGCUGGAGGAGGAGGAGGAGGAGGAGGAAGGGGAGGGGGAGAGGACAGAGACCAUCAGGAUUCCAGCACCAUAGAGAGGGAGUGGAUGGACACUAAGACCCAGCUACAUAUGUCCGAGGCAGAGAUCCAUCAGCUGAUUCUACAGAGACAGAGGAAGAUGGAGGAGAUAAUGUCAUCACUGGCUCAACUACAGCUUUCAGUGGAACGUGAGGCGGCAGGCGUCAUGUGUGUGUUCAGUGCGCUGGUGUGCGCGGUUGAGAGGUCGCAGGCUGAGCUCAUGGAGGUGAUUGAGAUCAGUAGGCGGUUGGCAGAGCACCAGGCGGACGAUGUGAUUCGUCAGCUAGAACAGGAAGUGAAUGAGCUCAGGAAGAGAAGCCACGCCCUCUCCCAGCUGGCCCAAUCAGACGACUACGUUCAUUGUAAAAAGAGCUACCCUGAACUCUGCACCCCUCCACCAAUCAGAGACUGGUCUGGGGUAUCGGUGAACUCUGACCUGGGAACGGGGCCCAUCUAUACAUCGCUGUCUGUCCUGGUCCAACGUUUCCAGGAAGAAAUCAGCAGGAUGGUUCAUUUUGGCGUACAAGUUCCAGUAGAAUCCUCUCCAAUACCACAGCCCAAGGUGAUGCGGGUACAGGAGUAUGCAGUGGACGUGACUAUGGACUCAAGCACCGCCCACCCCAGGCUCAUCCUAUCAGGAGACGGGAAAAUGGUCAAAUGUGGGGACCGUCACCAGCCGGUACCUCAUAACUCUGAGAGGUUUGACCGUGUCGUGUGUGUUCUGGGUCGAGAAGGGUUCUCCUCAGGUCAACACUAUUGGGAGGUGGAGGUGGGCGGGAAGACUGACUGGGAUCUGGGCGUGGCCAGCCGCUCCAUCAACAGGAAGGGGAAGAUAACGGUAUCCCCUAGCAACGGCUACUGGUUCCUCAGCCUCAGAGAUAAACACAACUAUGUGUUCCGGACAGAUCCCUCCACUGAGCUGCUUCUCAACCUCAGACCACAGAAGAUCGGGGUGUAUGUGGAUUAUGAGAAAGGACAGGUAUCGUUCUACAACGUGGACGCUAAGCUCCACAUCUACACCUUCCUGGCCUCCUUCUGUGAGUCCGUGUUCCCGUUCUUCAGUCCCUGCACCAACAAGUCAGGCAAGAACGACGGAGCCCUCGUCAUCACACCAGUACUGCUCAUGGACACCCAUCCACUACAACCCAAUGAUUGUGACGAAGUGAACACCUGAGGCCCCUGACUCUAACCCACUAAUAUAGAAAAAAAUGUGCUCUGGGCUACAGAUUGGGGGAACAAACAAAUGGUUUUUGACUAUAUUUUUGUUGUUGUUGUUGUUGUUGUUGUUGCUGUUGUUGUUGUUGUUGUUACUGCUGCUGUUGUUGUUGUUGCUGUUGUUACUGCUGCUGUUGUUGUUGUAGUUGUUGUUGUUGUUGUUGUUGUUGCUGUUGUUACUGCUGCUGUUGUUGUUGUAGUUGUUGUUGUUGUUGUUGUUGUUGCUGCUGUAGUUGUUACUUCUGUAGUUGUUGUUGUUGUUGUUGUUGUUGUUGUUGUUGUUGUUACUGCUGCUGUUGUAGUUGUUGUUGUUGUUGUUACUGCUGCUGCUGUUGUUGUUGUAGUUGUUGUAGUUGUUGUUGUUGUUGUAGUUGUUGUUGUUACUGCUGUAGUUGUUGUUGUUGUUGUUGUUGUUGGUGGUGGUGGUGUUGCUGUUGUUGUUGUUGUUGUUGCCUGAUUUAGAUAUGUUUCUGUUUGUAAUUUUCCGACAUUAGAUACAUGCAGCUUAUCUUCUGUUGUUUUGUUUCCCCGUAGAAGACUAAAUCAAUCGUUUGCUCACCAGAAUAAUAUCAUAAAUCGAUAGAAUGAAUGAUUUAAGAUUUCAGUUUGUCUCGGGAUUCAUAUUUUAUGUGGUUGAAAUACUAUCCCCUUUUUAUGGCGCUCAUUAAGCAUCUCUAUAGAAUGUAUCUAACUAAACUCUCAAGAUGCGGAAAUAAAUCAAUCUUAUUUCUCCACUCCUGUUCCCGAGUCAACAUUUAGCCUACAUUUGGUGUAUCAUCUUACUGCAAGAAAUGCUUAAUUCUGCAACAGUUUUUAUUAAGGCUAUGUGAGAGGUUAUGGACCUACAGUCAAUGUCUAGAUUUCAGUUUCCCAUUUAACUCAUCUGAACAGUAGGCUACAUUUCCCUUGACGUGCAAACAGGCCUAUUUGAAGUCCCCUUUUUGUGACUGUUGAAUUUGUUCCUCACAAUCAUGACACAUAACACUGCUAUCAUUCUGUUUUACCACUUCAAUAAAUCUUUACCAAACAUUA